AUGAAAUUUGAUCUUUUAGAUGGUUGUGCGUUCGGAACAGCGCGAGAGAUGAGUCGCCCAACUAGGAUUGGCGAAGUGGGCAAGGUGCUAGAUUUCGGAGCUGGACCUACAAUCCAUGUUGCUGCAUCGUUUAGAAAUACAGCUUCAGAGAUCUAUUUGGCUGACUACCUUCCACAAAACCGAGAAGAACUAAACAAUUUUUCAAACGGUUUUCACAGGAACUUCAACUCAUUUCUACGCAAAAAUCGGAUUUUUAGAUCUAUCUGGCUGACUACCUUCCGCAAAACCGAGAAGAACUAG